AUGGCUUCUCAUUCUGUCGAAUAUCUCAGUCAGACCAAAGGCCCAAAGAUCAUUGGUGUCUUCUGGGCGAUGACCGGUCUUACUUUGGUGAUGGUCAUUUCGAGACUGUACAUUCGAGCCGGUGUGUUGAGAAACAUGGGAUCGGAUGACUGGUUGAUUGCAGCGUCGAUGGUUAUGAGCCUAGCAUACACCUCCGUGACAACAGCAAACGUAGCAUUCGGAUACGGCCAACACGCAGAUACCCUAUCCCCCGAACGUCUCGUCAAAGUAUCCCUCGUCAACUAUAUCGACUUCACACUAGGUAUCGUCUCCUUCUCGCUCCCCAAACUCGCAGUCGCAGCUUUAUUAAACCGCAUCGUGAAUCCAAAUUGGUGGCAAAAAGCGGCGCUGUGGAUAUUGACGGGUUUGGUAGCGCUGACAUCGGGCGUUUGCAUUAUCGUGCUGUUCACGAUGUGUGAUCCACCACAGGCGUUGUGGGAUACUUCGUUGGUUAUGCAGGGUGCGACCUGUCGGGAUGUUUGGGUUUUGAUUGAUUAUGCUAUUUUUACGGGUGCAUUCUCUGCGUUCACAGAUCUGUAUCUUGCGAUUUAUCCGAGUGUUGUGCUCUUGCGGCUUAAUAUGUCCGCGCGGAAGAAGAUCGCCUUGUGUUUGGCUUUGGGACUCGGUUCAGUAGCGUGUGCUAUGGCUAUUGUCAAGUGCUUGCAAUUGCCUGGUCUUUCCAACAAAACGGAUCCGACGUAUGCCACCGCAGAGCUCGUCAUUUGGACAUGUAUCGAAUCCAACGUCGUCAUCAUGGCCUCCUGCAUCCCCACCCUACACCCUCUACUCGAAAUAAUCCUCGGAAGACGAUCCCUACGCUCCUGGAGCGCAAGCAGGGACAACUGCAAAAACAGCGGCAACAGCAUGCCCGGUGCAUCCUACAACCGAAGUAAACGGUCCAAUUCCCAGAAACCAGAUCUCACGAUCACCAACGUGGAAAGCCAGGAAAGCAUCCUCCGCCCGGAAGAACUUGUACUAAGCCAGAUUCGCCGGACGGACAACGUCACGGUGCAAUACGAAUCACGGUCGGGGACCGCUGACGAGGGACGGACGUCUUGGUGA